AUGGUGAAAUCAGCACUCGCAGCUGUGCCGGCGUCUCCGCCAGAGGGUUUGACGCCGAAGGAUGAACAAAACGGUGAGCAAGAGCUUGCGCUACUUGAAGCGCCGGCAUCGGAGCUCGCGCUAGAACAGGUAACCGCCGCAGUUGUGAAACAUGACGACGAAUGGAAAGACGGUGCAACGAAAUUACUGGAAGAUCAUCUGGACAAUUACAAGAAUGACAAUGAGAGGGCGGAGUACGAGAAAGUUUUUUUGCACCAGCUUCGAGUGCCGCAUACUAUCGAGGAGACGUUAAGAACAGUGCCAUUAUGGGCAGACUUGCUCGUGAACUACUUACCCGCGGCUAUAGCCAUUUCAGGAGUCAACCACUUUGACCCGGGCCACUCCGAAAAACGACGAAUUGCAGAAGGCAGGAGGGAGACCAAGCAACAGGCCCAACAGGGCGUCGACGCAAAAAACAGACUCCGGGGCAAGUUAGGAAAAGGCCAGAACGAGCAGGACGUAGCGACCCGAAACGCCGGGCCCGGAGCACAAUACGCAUUGGCCAUGAUCGAGGCGACCCGAAACCACGUGAAACGACUACUGACGGUAGAAGAGCAAGACGCGGCCGGGGCGAGGCACACGCUGGGGUACUUCAAUCUCGAUUCUCCCGCAGGCUCAGAUCGAAUCGAGGAAGAGAUGGACAUUAUAUUCGACAGGAUAAUCUACUUUUACUACACACCGAUGACGGAAGGUCUCGUUUUGAAGUUUGUGACGGAGGAAAGCAAGCAGUUCCAGUUCGGCAACAAUAACUGGAUCGAUGUCAAAGGAAAAUUAGAUUUCGACUCGAACGGUAAACCGAAAGACAAACAGACGCUCAUGUAUGGUGCGGAGUUUCUACAGCAAUUUGGUCGACGACAGGAGAUGAUAGGGGAUGAAAAAACGGGCGAGAGGAGACAGCAAAUCAUCAACAGCUGCCGGAGAAAAUAUUCGGGAGCAGGUGGACCUAAAUCUCGUGUUGACCUCGUUCAAGACCUUUACUCGUCAGUAGAGGCCGGCCUAGUUGCGAUGUGGAAUUUGCAGCAGCAGUUUCCCAGCUACGGAGACCCGACGAUGAUUCAUGAAAACGCGCUGAAGAUUGUGAAAAAUGACCCGGACUCUGGACACCUCAUGCAAUUCGAAAAGAAGCUCUGGCCCAAGAUCAACACGCUUUUCAAACACGUGAACAUGUUGCUGUACAUUGGAAAGACCGAAGAGGAGUUGCUCGCUGUGAUAAAGGAGGUGAAGGAAGAUAGGAGAAAUGAACUAAACCGGCUAGAGGGAGAGGCAGAGAGGAAGCGACGAUCGGGACGAAACCGCCGCGCACAAGUAGACCCAUUCCAGAAGAAGCAACUGUCGCAAGAAAUUCGCGAAGACAUCAACGACGAGUUGCUCACUAGUAGUUCGUUCGUCGAAAUCACAUCGCCUUCCGUCACCCUGCACAAGAUCGAUUCUCUGUCUGCCACACAAGGAAACCAGCUUAGCGGAACUGCAAUAACUGCACAGCAAGAUGAAAGGUCACCGGUACCACCAGUAGUUUCUGCGAUACAGAGUGUCGAGGCAAGUUCCGUGCACCCCCAGCCAUCAACAAUCACUCCAGGAGUGAUUGAUGCCGUCGACGUAGUGCUGGGAAAGGAGGAGCCUGCGCUACCGCUCUCGGGAAGUGUUGCAAAACACGCCGAAUCAACAAGAGCGGAGUCUUCAAGCCCUGUUCCGGUCUCGAGUUCCGCUGUUAGAACCCGAACGGAAAUCGACGGCACCGGCCACAUCACCGGAGCAGCAGCAUCGGCUGCAGGGGCUUCUGUCCCUGCACAAGCGCUAGGAGAAACGGAUCUACCCAGUGGAGCAGCAGCUACGGGGCAGGUUAUGGAACCGAAGAAGUCCUAAUUUUGGUUUCAGUGCACCACUUCUGUACUGUGGCAUAGAAAUCGGCCAUCUGCAUCUACAACUACGUUCGUAGGCAUCGCAAGUGAAUUGCGACUAUCACGAUCAUGAUGAGUUCUCGUCUUUGUUGCCUCGCGAAACCUUGAUGAAAUCAUCAAAAUGUGACUUCUUUGUCCUUGCUAUACUACUACUACCCUCGUCGCGAUCGUCUACCAGGAUAGCAGCACGCAUGGAAAAAGAAAGAGCUCAGCACACAACGGGGACGGACGCAGCUGUUCUGCAGCGUCGACGUACUACGAGCAUGUCGAAGUCUUUCAACCCAGACAAGCGCACCACGGACACGAUUCACCCAGACCUACCACCCCGGCAAGAAACCGCACCUCCUAGUGUUCCGCUCUACCAGCACCAGGGUUUCUUAGGCUGCAUCAACUUUCUUCAAAAUACCUUCAGCAGCAUGGUCUUCUUCGCCAGCGGGCUUCUUUUUCACCAGAAAGAACAAAACCAGAGCGUCAACGAGCUCUUCGCGAAGAUAGAGCAGCACAAAAGUUUCGCGGUUUUCGCUUUCUGUGGUAUCAUCGUGCUCGCUGUGAUCAUCUUUUCCACACUCUGCUCGGUCAUCUGCCGGAACCAAGACGGGAAGAAUUUCUUUUGCGGAAACAGAGGAGCAAAGCGUUGGUUGGCCGCUUGCGGACCAUGGAGUCUGUGCGGAAGCAGCAGCGAAGAAAAGAGGCGCGAUCGACGUGGUGAGAAGUGCACUGGUGGCCGUGGCGACGGAGAAGCAGGAGAUGCAAACAGCUCCGCUGGUCGAGCAAGUGAAUGUGAGAAUAGUGAUUGGACUAGUGAUGAUUCUGCGGAGGACGAAGCCAUCACGUCGACGGACGAAUUGGAAGUGGAAGAAAAGCGACGCCGCAUACAAAAGAAUGCGAAUCCAAGAAGAAUGGAAAUAAAGAACCCGGAUGAAAAUGUCGAGUCCAUUAAUCGUUCCUCCGUGUCUCCUUGCGGACGACGAUUUGCAGGCGGUCUGCGGCAACCUCUGAACAGUGGCGGGUCUUGUCGGGGAAGGAAAAGACAAGGGGAAGAACGUAAACAGGUCGGAGAAGAGAAGAUCAGCAACGUUUCGCCAGAUUAUGGCAGUUGCAGCACAACAAAAAAGAAAGAUGAGGAUCCGGGCCCGCGAAUUUACGACCACCACCCGAUCCUGGAGUACAAGGAGUCCAUCAUGACGGACCCGGAAUUGGGGAUUUGGUACCGGAGAACCUCGUUGUUUGGGGAGGAGAUCGAGGAAAUCGUUUUGGAUACUGGUGACAAGAACGUCGAGGACCACACGGAAGCUGGAGGGGAAGGAGAGGUAGAUUUAAAGAUGAGUUUACGUAUUUAAUGUUUGAUAAUUGUUACUUCUAACUGUUCCUGUUUCUCUUCAAUUUUCUCAACAAUCAAUCGCUUGAACAGGCCGAACACGAUAGAAAUGCCACCACAUCGGAACAAGGGAGGCACAUGUUGGUAGUUGACGAAGAAGCAAACAACGGGAAGAUGGACAUGGUCCUCGACAAAGCAGUGCCCGCUACUAGUACGUCCUCCAACUCGUCCUCUUUUGUCACGCUAUCAAAGCACCAGAGCAUUGUGCUUCAGAAAUUCGUCGCGGGUAGUGCUACUGCGUCGAAAUUGAGCCAACUGGUCUUCAAGCGGCGGCAGUGCAGCACGACAGCAUCGCCAUUCUCGCAGCAUGCCCGGAAUGGAAAUGGGUUGAAAAUGUUGAAAACCCUUACCGACGGCUCUUCCAUUUCCCCUAUUGCGAACAAGAAGCGGAUUCUGAUUGAUCCGGAAUCUUUGGAACGGUUUGUCGUCGAAAAUGACGGAGAAAUACCGGGAGGAAAAUUCAAAUUACUGGGAAAGGUACAGACAGCUGUUUCUGUUGCAUUGAUUGAGAACGCUAAAAAGAUACACAACAAUGUACGAAAAAUUUCAUUGGACCUGUAGUUGCAUAUGCAUGAGGUUGAGGACGAGCAAGUCCACUGAUUUGGUAUUCGCAAGACAAAAAGAAAACCUUCCUAGGUGCUUACCGGAAGCGACAUCGGCUCCGACUUCAGCGGCAACACGGAUCACGUCGCAGCCACACAAAAUGUCGCCUGUUCUGACAUUGCAGGCGAUGCUGGCGGGCUGUGUGUUGCUACGUUUGCUGGCGACAAAAACGAGUUGAAAGACGAUAUGAUCGAGGAUGCCACGAAAUGUGGGAGUGGCAGAGGUGAUGAGGACGGAGCAGCGCAGGUAAGGAAGUUUUUAACAAAGUACGGGGCUACUUCAAGAGCUUGAGGAUACGCAAACCCACUCCAUAGACCUGAUCCUGAAAAUACAAGUUGUUCAUGACUGGUCUUUGUUUUAUCAGGUCACCGUCGUCGUCCUCAGCGAGGAGGAGGAUUUGUCCGCAGUGGAGGAAGCGCAACAAGAAAGCAGCGCGGCCGGGAGCAGGAGUUGUGAUCAAGAUGACUGUAAUUCCGCCGCGGUGGAAUUGGACACGACCAUUCCGUCGUCCUCGACUUCCUCCUCGAGUACCGGCGACGACGAGAACGGUUUCAAUCCAGCAGACCUGCCCAUGCAGUUCGUUCAUCCCGCCCCCGUACGCGUACCCGACUCGUGCUGCAGCGUCUUUAUUCCAUCGUCUGCUACCAUCGAUGAUGGUUCUCUACCAAACGUGGACUCACCCGUGUAAAUUGAUGAAGUUCUUCCAAUGUUUCGUUUUGGCUAUGUUUAUGUUUUGGUCUCACCAACAGUUUCACAAAUUCAAAUUGGAGUUUGAGCUCGAUAGAACUCUCUUUGUAUCAAGACGCUAUCGCAUACGCAUUCGCAGUUUUAGCACCCGCCUUCCUGACGUAUUAGAAAUACGGUUCCACCUUCUGAAAACCAAGAAGCAGCACAGCAUCCUCGACGUGUGUUUCGAUUGUAUAUGUAUGAUCACUCGCAAUGAAAAAGAAAUAUCAAUAUUUGGCGCUUUGCUCCUCCAACUUUAGUUUCAUUGUACAUGAAUGUAUGAGCCCCUGAUAGAAAACCAAGCGGAGAUAUCCUCUCCCCGCGGAGAUGACUGAGUUUCGCUCUUGUACCAAUCGUUUCUCACUGAAAGCAGUGUAUGUUGUACCAAAAGACACUUGAAAAUAGAUCAAUCAGUUUUGCGUUUCCGAGAAAUUUGUUGCAAUUGGCUCCUUGUACAAAACAGACGAAAAAUAAACAGCGGAAGGUGAAACGAAGUGCUGCAGCCAGUCGGGCGAAUGCGAAUAUGAGAUUGCAUUUCCAAUUUGUGAAUGUCCGAGUUCCUCGGUCAGAACCAG